GCGCGUUCACGRCGUUCAAACGGUUACACAGGAGACGAGGAGGAAAAUCAAGGAUAUGAUUGGUAGGGUGAUCAACCAGAAGGAGGGGGUGAACAUCAGAAGGAAGGCAACAAUGUCUCUCAGAUAUGACAACGAGAUAAGGAAAAGGGAAGUAAGAGCAGUCAUGGAGGGACAGAUUUGCGAAACAAGGCUGCACCAGGCCAUUAAAGGUACACUAGUAAGGAGAGCGCGGCUGGUUUGGAGCCGCAACAGAUCGGUGGCGAGCAUACUCUGUAACCACAGGGUAGCAGCAAAGACGGGAGUUGGAGAGUGUAUGUGUGUUGAAUUCGACUUGGAUAGAGUUGAUGGACACGUGCAUACCAGAAUCACUGAAGUCCCUGGCAUCAACCAGCAAAUCUGCAACGGGAAGAACAUCACCAAGACGGCGAGAAAGACAGGAAAGACUGAGCUCAGGGCGAGAGUCUUCGCAUCACUGAAGUUAACGUUGGGAGCGAGUUUGAAAAUCGAAGAACAAGAGCUUCAAGUGGAAGAUUGCUUCGCUAAAAGAGUGGGCAAUGGAUGGGCAGUCGAGGAAGAGGAGGUGAAGCAGCUAAGAUGGAAAUUCCGGCAGCUGGUCAUUACUCAAGUGGACAGAAAUCCUGGGGAAUUAGUACUGAUGUGCCCGUCGACAUACCAGCAUGCCCUCAAGAAGAUGUUCAUCUAUGACAGCGCUUACAUACGCGCCAGUGGAGACGAAACCGAAAUUUUGGCAGGGAUGCGGGCCGACUAUAAAGCAACAGGAUUGGAGAAGGUGGCUGUUUGGAACGGAAAAGGCCGAAUAGGCAAUGCAUACGUAUUGCCUAAACAUAAGGAUCUCAGCAAGUGGAGAGCUAUUGCGCCCGCCAAUACGGAACCAACAAGGACARGUAGCAGGAGAUUGGCCAGGGCGCUCAAUGCUUUGCUCGCGCGACUUCCUGCUGCUGAGGAUUUCAACAUAGGUGCGACGACACAGCUGAAGGAAAACCUCAGGAUGAUCGAGGAAAAGUGUGGCUGCAAGAAAGAAAGCGCGAUGAUGGUGCUCCGCAGUUAUGACAUCAAGGAGAUGUUUACUUCGCUACCGCAUGAGGCAAUCGUGGAGGCGGUCGAGUGGUUGCUMAGAGAGUGGGAGAGGAAAGAGAGAGCAAAGAUGAAGCUGAGGAAGGAACAAGAGAAAAUGGAAAAGAAGCGGGAAGAAGAAGAAAAGGUGAGAAGAGAAGAGGAGGAGAGGAGGCUCCGGCAGGAGCAAGAACGCAGGCAGACAGAGCUGAGAAGACUCAACGAGGAGACUGAGCUACGGAUCAUCUCUACCGUAGCAAGGGAAAUGCAUCACUUCAGAGCAKAAAUCCGUAAUGACAUACAGACGGCGCUGGCAGCCAGAUCGAGGACCCCCAAAGAAAAGGGGAAAGGAAAGGCGAAGUUAUUGGAUUACCAUGUUGCAGAAUCUGAUGAGCUUCUGAAGUACCUGCAAGGAGAGGUUGUCGAGAGCUCCCGAGAGGGAGAGGAGCGUGGGAGGUGGUUUUUGACCCGAAAGAAUAGAGGGCAGAGAACAGCGAGAAGGAUGGGGUCACCGGAAGAGAUAGAUGAUGAGGGAGAGGUGGCGCCGAGACCAGAGAAGCAAAGUGCGAGCGCAAAGGGACAAGGAGUGGACAAGAAAGUUCCGGCAACCUGCCGUAGGGAAGAAGUGAUAUAAUAUGUGCUCAACGUCWGGAAGAAAUACUCAGAGAUGACAGCGCAGGAGAUCAAGAAGCUCUGCAUGAAGGAGGGACUGGAAUACGUUAACAAAGAGCAAGGAGUAAG